AUGAACAAGGACGUGGAGAAGACCACGGGACUUGAUCAGUGGCAAGAAACGACCCAACAUUAUGAAGAUGAGACCAGUAAGCCUCGCGGCGCAGAAGAGGCCGAAUUUGCAGGCGUCGGCGAUGAGAAACCACACAUUGUGAAAGGGGAUGAUUCGGACGGUCAUGUGAAUUGGAGCAAGCGGCAGAUCCUGGCCACGCUUUCUCUUUCUGGCCUCUAUGUCGGUUCACAGUUGCCCCUCUUGCUCGGCGCAGGAAGUCUUCCGUUUAUUAUCAAAGACAUUGGAGGGUCGACUGUCGAUUCUUGGUUUCCCGUGGCGUACUCGCUGACUCUGGCUUCUGUAUCGCCCUUCAGCGGAUACCUGCAAGACGUUUUCGGGCGUCGGAACAUCUCUCUCGUAGGGGGUUGCACUCUGUGCGUCGGAAUCAUUGUGGUUGCCACAUCCCACACUAUGGCUCAGGCUAUUGUGGGAAUGGCUCUGUCGGGUCUGGGAGCUGCGAUUGGGGAAUUAACGGCCCUGGCUGGAACAUCUGAACUGGUGCCGGUGAAGAAAAGAGGCCUCUAUCUCGGCGCUGUCACUGGUUGUGUCUUGCCCUUCUCUCCUUACGCUAUUUACACUACUCUGUUGGGCACACAUUCAACUUGGAGAUGGGGAUUUUGGAUUCCGCUCAUUUGGAAUGGUUUGGCCGUGAUUGGGAUUGCCCUAACUUAUUGGCCUCACUCGCAGCUUCGCGCCGAACGAAAGACAUUUUGGGAAAUCCUGCCUCAAAUCGACUUCAUCGGCGGGCUGCUUUCCACUGGAGGAUUGACUCUUUUUUUGGUAGGGGUAACAGCAGGCGGCACCCUCGCUCCUUGGGCCAGCGCCAGAGUCUUGUGCCCCCUCCUUUUCGGUAUCGGUCUUAUUGUCGUAUUCGCAGUAUGGGAAUGGAAGUUUGCCACUUUCCCUAUGCUCCCCCACGAGCUUUUUGCUGGUCAACGUGUUGUCGCCAUGAGUUUCCUGGUGGCAUUCAUCUCGGGUAUCUACUUCUACGCCCUUCUCAACUUCGGUCCGAUUAUAUACCUGGAUCUCUACAAUCCUGAUCCGGUUAAAGCAGGAAUUAAAGGAGUGAUUAUCAGCCUGGGCGUGACAGCUGGUGCGGUCCUGCCUAACAUGCUUCUCUCCUACUACAGGACUCGAAAUCGCGAGAUCCUUGCAGCCUGUGCCGUCCUCACCACGGCCUUCGGCACCGCGCUCGUGACGGCGACACCAGAUAAUCCGAUUCGAACCGUCGCGUUUUGCACGAUCAGCGGAUUUGGUGUCGGGGCUAUCGUGGCCUGUGCACUGACGACUGCUGUAACCGCGGCACCUGACAACAUCAUUGCUACUUGUGUCGCACUCUCUCUUUCCAUCCGCACCGUUGGCGGCUCAGUGGGCACGGCAGUCAAUUCAAACAUCUUUGACACCAAGUUGAAGAAGUUCCUCCCAACCUAUAUUGCGAAGUACGCCAUGGCAUCUGGUCUCCCAGCAUCUUCGGCGACCGCGUUUGUGCAGCUCUACCUCACAGCUCCAGGAGAACUAACCGACGCAGCAGUUCCGGGACUUACUGCAGCUGUCAUGGAAGGAGCAGCGAUCGGAGCUCGUUGGGCAUAUGCCGAGAGUCUAAAGUAUGUCUGGUACACCAUGUUGCCGUUUGGUAUUCUGAGCUGUGCUGCGUGCUUGGGACUUGGUAAUGUUGGCAAAUUCAUGACGAACCGUAUUGCGGCAAACAUUCGUCACUAA